AUGAACCUGAAGGCAAGCACACUUGGGAAGAGUACUAAGGGCACGGUGGUAGUAUUUCAGGAAACUAAGCUACCAAUAUUCUCAGGAAUCAUUUCUGAUUUGGGUGCUGAAGGUGUGUACCAAACACUCUUGGAGCAGACAUAUGGUUUGAUGCAAUCUUUUGGGCACUAUGAACAGCAAACAGCAGCGCUACUAGUCCUUAAAUAG